AAAAUCGGACUUAGAUUCAUUCUGGCCUGUCGACGGACCCUUUUCGCGCAAAAAAAUUUACAUGAUAACUGGCUCCGUACAUGCCUCCGUCGAAAAAGAGUACAACACAAAGAAAUUGAUGAAAAAAUUUACGGUCUGAAAUGUCAGGAUAAAUUAAUUGAGUCUGCCCUACUUUUUACGAAAAAUCAUAUUAUUUUGAGCCACGAAAAUUUCACCGCCUCGCUUUCAAGCAGGUGAAACUGGUUUGGUCUGUUGAUUUUCCGGGCAAAACUGGUGCGUUCGAUUAACAAUCGAGUUCGGUCGGUGCUCUCCACGCACAUGUGUGUGUCAAAGCCUCAGCUGCAUUUGGCACAACUGUGUGAGUGUUUUUUUUCUCAUGUCGGUGUUUUCACCUUGUGCGAUCCUCCACACGUACACACACCGAAAGCACGUUGCUCAAUGCUAAUAAAAAACAUAAAAAUAAGAGGAAUAAAAACAAAUCGAAGAAUCAAGUGCGCGAGUUAUAAUAAGGAAAAAUCGCGAUGUCGAAUCGCCGAGGGACCGACGGAUCUUCAUCCCCGUCGGUCGAACCUAAGGACAAAAACAAUUUCAGUUUAACAAGCAGUAAUCAUUCCUCUCGGGAUAAUAACCUACGAAGUCGCGACGAAAUCGACAAUUUAACAGGUUCAACGGCAGAAGGACCUUCCAGAGAGUCACGACGGGAUGAGAAUCCCUUCAGUUUCAAACACUUUUUGAAGAAAGAUACAAGGCCAAAUUACAAUUUGUCAGGGGCUCGCCCGAAGGUCUAUUCCUCAGCGCGUAUGAGCCCCUCGAACGUUGGUUCGGAAGUGGAUUCAAAAUAUCCCUGCAAUCCAACAGAGUUGCCUGACUUUGUCCAGGACCAUUUGGUCAUCGAGCAGUGCUAUCUGAACACAGAAGCAGCGGCGUCGGGCACCGCAACUGUUCCUCUUGUCGCGGACAUUGACAAUUUGCCCGACUUCACAAUAAACAAUGCGGAACGCCGCCAGGCUGCAAGAUGCUCCAGAAACGAUACCGAAAAACCACAAAUCUCGUGCGACCUGCCCUUUGACCUUACCGGUGGUUUGGAACGAAGAAAACAGCGCAUCAAUCCAGGCUCUGAUAACGGAGCCUGCAAUAAUCCACCCACGGGUUUCCCUAGACCUAACCAACUGCCCGUCCGUCAAAAUGAAUCUGCGAGGAAUAUCGAGGCGUUUCCUUUCGAUUUGCCAUCUUCUAUCGCUGGUUCCAGUCUCUCCGAUCCUUUGAGACCCAGCGAUUCACCGGCCAAUGAAAACAGCAUCAAUAAAUCUCUUCCAGACUUCUUGAACGAUGGACCCAUCCGCAAUCGUGUCGCCGGGGAAAAUGACUCGUCUUUGGUUUUGCCGGAAAGAACUGACAACGGUCACUUGGCGCUGGAAAACGAGAGAUUAAGGGAAGAGCUCAAAGUCGCCAGGCGACACAUCGCAGAAAAAAUGAGGAUGAUAGAAUCUCUCAAAGCCGAAUUGUCCUCGAGGAAGGAAGCUGAUCAGGACGAAACUGCACAUUUGGAAAAAGCUAUGGAACAGGUUGAAGUUAAUCUGAAGCGAAGUACAAAGAGAGCAAAUAGCGCAGAAAGCGCAGUGACGUUAUUGAAACAGGAAGUGAAAGUCUUGACGGAAGAGGUGUCGAUACUGCGAUCAGAAAACCGGGAAUUGAGGAGCUUAGCUGGAACAGGCUGCUCCGAUUAUCGAUUUCCAGGCUCUGACAGAAGAAUUAAAAAAUUGAGCGACGAGCUCCGAGCUGCUGCGAUGUCAGCCGAGGGGUCUCUCAGGCAAUUGAUGUCGGGAGUGAACAAUUUGAAAGUCAUGGCAACAACGUUGGAAAACAUCGACAGGAUAGAGGACAGAACCAAAGACUAUUUUCCUGAUUUCGAGGAAGAAAACGCUGCUGGUCCGGCGUUAUAGGAGCUCCAAAUGUUCGCUGUAGCGUUCGAAAGGGUUUUCGAGUAAUUUCACGAAAAGACGAGCAAAAAUCCCCGAGAAAAAGCUUUCACCCAUUUCGAUAAAAAGAUAUAAAAUCUGCAAUUCGUAACGGCAAGUUCCUGAAAAUCGCUUCUCAGCUUUGACUAUACUAAAAAUUAAAAGAAAACAAACAACGUAGUUUAUGGAUAAAGAAUGAUCGCGCCCUCCAAACGCUUCGGCUUUGUUCCAACUUUUCCUUCUUUCAAUACUUCGAAGGAAAUAUUUGUUGUUCAUUAUUUAUUUAUUGUACUUUUAUAUCGCUACGAAACUCGCUCGAUUUAAACGAAGAAAAAAUUGAAAGAAUCGCAGAGAUCAAGUUUCAUACCGAAAUCCGUCAUGUUUGCGUCCCGGAGCCAAAAAAAAUAGAUUGGAAAAAUUUGCACCUAUUUUUGGUACAAUUUUCGUAUGUGGACGUUGCGGAAAGAUGAUUGAAAACGAAGAAAUUCGGUACUCUCUACGAGCCUGUGCCUCGGGCAGAGAAAACUUUUUGUUUUUAAAUAAUCACAUUUUCUUGUUAUUUUUUAUAGUUUUUAACACGCUCGAAGACAGAAUGAAAUUAUUUUCCUCGUCCACGUGGAGAGAAUCGGGCCAAUUUCGUCGCAGAGUCGACGAAAUAAUCGAUCAACGCUUUUUGAGUAAUUCAAUUAUUUAAUUUAAUUAAAUAUUCUUUGGUUCGAGCCUCAAUUUACUUUGGCCUGACAAGUGUAAACAAAGGUAGUCGGAAAGAGCACCCCCCAUUUUCCUUAUCGAUGUCAUCGCCACUCAUCGAAAUAUUUUUGUAAUGUUGUUCGAUGUAGAUAAACAAUAAAACAAAUUAAACUCAA